UACAAAUAUUCCCGUAUAUUUAUUUGACGGCACAGAAUCACGAUAUAGCCAACUAAACUUAAACUUCCGCAAAGCUAUUUAUUUCCGAGAUCUUUAGUCUCGAUCGAACAAGAGGCUUUUGACAUCCGCGACUAUCCUUUUGACAAAUUUGACAAAUUUGACUUGAUCUGGCUUCGAGUGAAAGUGACAAGAACAAACACGACCUAUUAAUAUGACAAGUGUUAAAGGAGACAUUGCACUUAUUGGUUUGGCCGUGAUGGGCCAGAAUCUGAUUCUCAACAUGAAUGACCAUGGCUACACAGUUGUUGCAUACAACAGAACAGUCGCAAAAGUGGACCAGUUUUUAGCUAAUGAAGCUAAGGGUACAAAAGUAAUUGGUGCACACUCACUGGAGGAAAUGGUGAAGUUAUUGAAGAAACCUCGAAGAGUGAUGAUGCUUGUCAAGGCUGGGAAGCCAGUCGAUGAUUUCAUAGAGUUACUGGUUCCUCUGUUGGAAAAAGGUGACGUGAUAAUAGACGGUGGAAACUCUGAGUACCGGGAUACUAUAAGAAGAGCAAAGGACCUUGGUGCUAAAGGCUUGCUGUUUGUUGGCAGUGGAGUCAGUGGAGGGGAAGACGGUGCCCGCUAUGGACCCUCAUUGAUGCCUGGAGGCAGCCCGGAGGCAUGGCCUCAUAUCAAGGAUAUUUUCCAGGGUAUUUCUGCCAAGGUGGAGGGUGAUCCAUGCUGUGAUUGGGUGGGGCCAGAAGGAGCUGGUCAUUUUGUGAAGAUGGUACACAAUGGUAUUGAGUAUGGAGACAUGCAGCUCAUCUGUGAAGCAUACCACCUGAUGAAGAGUUUGCUCGAUCUGUCCAAUGCUGAAAUGGCCAAUGUGUUUGAUGAGUGGAACAAAGGAGAAUUGGAAUCAUUCCUCAUAGAAAUCACUCGAGACAUCAUGAACUUCAAAGACAAAGAUGGGAGCCAUCUUGUGGAGAAGAUCCGUGAUGCUGCUGGGCAGAAAGGAACUGGCAAGUGGACGGCUAUAGCUGCGUUGGAGUACGGUGUUCCUGUCACGCUCAUCGGGGAGGCUGUGUUUGCCCGGUGUCUGUCCUCGCUGCAGAGUGAGCGUGUCAUCGCGAGUCAGCACAUCGCCGGGCCCACCACCACCAAGUACACUGGCGACAAAAAGGCUUUCAUUGAAGACAUUAGAAAAGCCCUGUACGCCAGCAAGAUCGUUUCGUAUGCACAAGGCUUCAUGCUGAUGCGAGAAGCUGCAAAGGAACUUGGAUGGGCCUUGAACUUUGGUGCAAUUGCUCUGAUGUGGCGUGGAGGCUGUAUCAUCAGAAGCGUGUUCUUGGGAAACAUCAAACAGGCAUUUGAGAAAAACUCCAAUCUCAGCAAUUUGUUAUUGGACGACUUCUUCAAAACUGCCAUUCAAAACUGUCAGGAAUCUUGGCGCCGUGUGGUGAGCACCGCUGUGAAUCUGGGCGUGCCGACCCCGGCAUUCAGCACGGCUCUUGCCUUCUUUGAUGGAUACCGCACAGCCAAACUGCCAGCAAAUCUUAUACAGGCUCAGCGUGAUUAUUUUGGAGCUCACACAUAUGAGAUGGUCAACAAUCCCGGGACUCACAUCCACACCAACUGGACAGGUCAUGGCGGAAACGUAUCCUCCACAACCUACUCCGCCUAAAGCUUGGUGUUCUGCAUAAUGUAAGAGACUUUCAGGCAGUGUCGAGCAACAAUCAGCAAACAUUCACAUGUUAGUUGUUCAAGAGGAAAUAAAUGGGUUUAUAUUUUGAUAGACAAUGACAUAAUUUUUAUUACGAAUAUUUAUUUCAACAAAUAUUUAAUAUAUGAACAGUUAUAAGUAGAUGAAGACCGUAAAGCAACUAAAUAAUAAUAUGUUUGUUGAUCAUAGUACAAUGUAUGUGCCUUUUGGCAGAUUUCUCUGUAAUUGUCUAAUUAUGGUGUUCAGCAUAAGAAGUGGUAUUUUGUCAAAAUAUUUUUGAUAAAAAUUAUGUUUAUUUUAUGGUUAUAUUUAAAACAUUUUGAUACAUGUAUGCCUUUUCAUAAACCUAAGUUAUGCUGUACAUGAUAUAAUUAAAAGUAAAAUAUAUAUAUAAAUGUACAGUAGAAUCACUUUGCAUCGAGCACUGUUGCAUUGGCUGAGCCAUGAUUCUGUAUUGGUAGGGGUUGCUGGUGGUGCUGGGCACCUACACUGUACAAUUGACACAUUUAAAGUUAUGGGGGGGGGGGGGGGGAAGAGGCAUGUUUGUGGGGAGUCCCCAUCUCACCCACCCCUGUCCCAGCUAUCUCCAUACAACCAACUAUUAGGCCACAUCCGAGAAUAUUCUUGACCCUUUAUAAUUUAAAUGAUUACUCACCUACUGGUCCAAUUAGAGUAUUUUAGUGUAGUAUUUUAUUUAUUACUCACCUUUUAAUAACAUAAAAUCUGACAAUUACUUACAACAUAACCCAAUGAGACAUGGGAAUGCACAGCGUUAAGACCAGGGACAAUGACAUCAUUGUCGCUUACCGAAAUGACAUUAUUUACAAACUAAUAAGCACCACCCAUGCAUACAUAGACAUGCAGGCUUUAAUUAAGCUGUCAUUUGACAGAUAUUUGUCAUUACCAAUUUGCGAAAAAUCUAAUUUGAAAACUGUAUCAUUUGUAUGUGUAUAGCUAUUUAAAAAAAUUAUUAUCUUUAGCUAAAUACGACUUAAUUUUGGCUAUAAAUUUUCUGAUCAAAUUUUGGCUAUUAAUUUUUGGCAUCCAGAUUAAUCCACAUAGAUAGAAAUUUAAUUGAAUGUACAUGAUUAAGUAUGGCUUUCACUUGAGGUUAUUUGUCUUGUGCCAUUCAUCUUGUAUUGCUGUGAGUCCUGUUUUGACCAUUCAAGUUCUACAGCUUGAAUUUUAUCAAGAUUUAAACGUAUUCCCAUUCAAGAGUCUGCCCUGAGUUUGUAGCUAUUGUAAGAUAUGUUCCCAUAAAUCCUUUUAAUCCACUAGAAUUGUAAAUGAGAUGUAACACUUCGACGUCAUACGAUUGGUGCAAUAAAACCUUACAGGAACAUCAA